UAAGUGCAGAUCGUGUUUUGUAGAAACAAGAUGGCGGUAGACUGUGUUUAUCAGUUAUUUACGGAGUAAUGUUUCGCUGUGCGUCAAAAUGGCAGAAGACGUAGUCCUAAAAGUUAACGAACUCUUGACACCGGCAGAUGUAUCCAGCAUUUGUGGAGCAUUAAAGAAGAACAGGGUACGCGUGCUUACCUUUCGUGAAUGCGAAAUUCACUCCACUGAUCUUCAUCGCAUUCUGAAGUUCGCUGCGUCUAGUUCCGUGCUUCAGAAGUUAACGCUUAACGUUGGUAUCAUCACAGUUCUACGUCACGUGGAGCUUUUAUCAGCAUGCAUCGCAAAAAAUAAGUUUAUAACGCAUCUACAUCUCCAUGGGAGCAUUUUAGGAGAUGAUGGUAUCAAACUUCUGGGUAAGGCACUGGUGCUGCAUCCAACCAUCAUCUCUCUUGAUGUAGGGGACUGUCAUCUGGGAGAUGAUGCUGUGGAUGUUCUGUAUGAUCUCUUGCUACCAGAGAACAAUCGACCAGGUCUCAAAGAGCUGACGCUGAGUGCUAACCCUCGCAUCUCAGCACAGGGCUGGGCUCGGUUGGCCAUGGCUUUGGCCAACUGCACAACUCUGCGCAUGCUGUUUGUAGACUACAACCCACUGGGUGACUAUGCUGCCUCCUGUCUACUUGUUGCUGUUGCUGCCUCACAGAAUCUUGAAAUUCUUGACCUUGAGGGAUGUGGGUUGUCGGAACAUACAGCUCAGUUGAUCCUUCACUUGGUACAAAAUCACCUUGGUGGCCUGAGCAAAAUUGUGCUGAAUGGCAACAAAAUCCGAAGGUCAACAGUUAAUGCCAUCAAGACAUAUCUGCGUGAAAACCAUUUGGACACUGAGAGCGAGUGCACUUCAUCUGAUCUUGACAUCGAAACCUCCAGUGCAGCAUCAGAGGCAACACUUGACACAAUUUCAUCUAAGUUGAAGUCAAGUUCAUCUUCAAGUAGCAGUAGUAGUAGCAGUAGCAGCAAAACAAAAUCAAGUGACAGCAGCAGUGAGUCAGGAUCUAGCGAAGAUGAAACCUCAACAGUGAAAAGUUUUAACACUUUGGACAAGGAAAAGAAAGAUGAGGAAAAGGAUGAUGACAGUUUGGGUGAAGAGUUAACUGAAGUUCCUGUCUAUUAUGCAUGAGUGUCAAGAAAAGUGUUUUAAUGACUGAGAACAUAUUGUGCUUUAUAUGUGUUCUCAUGGAAAUCAUAAGCUUAAUCCAAUAGUUCCGUCGCAAGCAAUAAUUCGGUUUUGAAAGAUCUUUUCUGCAAUACAAGCAAUUUCUCACUGCUUGAACACAUUAUUCUAAUGCCAUCUAGUGCAGUUUUCAACAAAGUAAGAGCCUUGGUUCCUUUUUGAUUUUCUUUUUCUAGUUUUGUAAAGCUCGUCUUGCAUGAGAACAAAAAUGAAACUGCACAACUCCAAAUCUCUGUCGUAGGCAUUGCCAAAGAUUCUUAAACGGUUUCACAAAGUCUUAAAUAGAUUACAGCAAAUGUAAAGCUGCUUUUAGUUUUGAAAGCAAACUGGACAUUGUUAGCCAUUUCACUGCAACAGUCAUUGCAACUCAUGGAUGAGGUUGUGUUUGAGAUAAAUAACAAAUCCUUAUUUAUGAAUGAGCAAAAGUUAUGCUUUUUUAUAUCUAGCUAAGCAGUAGAAAUAAAAACAUUACAUUAAUUCAAAACAAGGCAAUAAAAUCAUAGACAGAAAUUAUGAUAUGUACAAAUAUGGUGAUUGAUAUUUGAAUUGACAGCUUUUGUUGUUUUUUUUUUUCCUGAAAGAGCCCUAGCUAAAUGUACGUUUGUUUUGUUGGUGCAAGUAAUAGAUGAUUAAGCUGGGUAGGAAGUCUCUGCAUGUACUCAAAGGGUUUGGAAUAGAUGUUGUAGGAGUCCCACUUUGAACUUGUAUAGACUGGUACAGUUCUUUGGAGAUCUGAGAGAAGCUUGUUUCAAAGAACACUGCCAGAAUAUUUCAUGCUUGUCUUGAAUAGGUCAAUUCUUUGUAUGGGAAUAUUACACUUGAGAGACCCUACCAUUAUUUUUAUAGAGAAGAUAGUAAAAAGUCUAGGGGGCACUUUGACUGUUAGCAUUUCAAAGAUGACCAAACCCUUCUUGAAUUUUAGUCUGUUUAGUAGUGAUAGAACCUCUAGAGACAGGAAAUCAGAACACUGUAUUUUUAGUUUAACACCAAUUUUAUAGCCCUUCUUUGAAUGCUAAAUACCACUAGUAGAAUCCCAUAGGGUGGAUGCAUAAUCAAUGGUCGACUGAACGCAGGCUGUGUAAAACAGUUUCUGAGAGAGAGAUUUUAAAAAAAUGUUUAAUUCUUGAGAGAAGAGAGACUGAGUAAGCAGUUAUGAUUCAAAGGAUGGUAAAUAAAUUUGUAAGAAGCA